AUGGAUCGGAAAUGGAUGCUUGCAAGGCGUACUAGUGACGAGUAUGAACAAGGGGUAGAUGAGUUUAUUGCAUUUGCUAUUGAGCAUGCUGAAGAUCCUUCUCGCAUUUUGUGUCCAUGUGUCAAUUGUAACAACAUGAUCCGACACAAUGUCGAGGAUGUAAGAAUCCAUUUGGUGGUUAAUGGAAUUAUCCAACAGUACAAGUGUUGGAUAAAACACGGUGAGACAUUAGGGGACAUACCUUCUUAUGUAGAUACUGAGAUGUAUGAUGAAAUGAAUGAUGAUGAAAUAGAAGAUAAUUUCCAUCUAGGCAAUGAGCAUCUAGAAGAAAUGACGCGUAUUUUAGAGGAAAACAUUGAAGAUAGUUCUGAAAUGUUUGACACAUUAUGUAGUGGUGCAAAGACCCCUUUGUACCCUGGUUGUUCUACAUUUAGCAAAUUAUCUGCUGUGUUGAAAUUAUACCAUCUCAAAGCUCGUAGUGGAUGGACUGAUACAAGUUUUUCGAGCUUACUUGAAUUAGUGAAAGAGAUGCUUCCUAUUGAUAAUGUGCUUCCGGGUCGUAUUUACGAGGCAAAGAAGAUGUUGUGCUCUAUGGGUAUGGGGUAUGAAAAAAUUCAUGCCUGCCCUAAUGAUUGCAUUUUAUAUCAAAAAGGAUAUGCCUCUUUAAAAAGCUGCCCUGAAUGUGAGGCUCCACGAUACAAGGAAAAUAAUGUGCCAGCUAAGGUUAUGUGGUAUUUUCCAAUAGUACCAAGAUUUAAACUCUUAUUUAGUAUUGUUGAAGAAUCAAAGAAUUUGACAUGGCAUGAAGAUGGGAGAAAAAAAGACGGUUUACUUAGACACCCGGCCGACUCUCCACAACGGAUCAAAAUUAACCGCGACUUUCCUGAAUUUGGUGCGGAGCAUAGAAAUUUGCGUCUCGCCCUUGCUGCUGAUGGAAUGAAUCCUUUUAGUAAUCAAAGUUCUCGUCAUAGUACAUGGCCAGUCAUUUUGAUGAUAUAUAAUCUUCCUCCAGAACUGAUAAUGAAAAGGAAGUAUAUGAUGCUGACCAUGCUAAUUUCGGGCCCAAAACAACCUGGGAACGACAUAUAUGUAUAUUUGGAACCCUUAAUUGACGAUUUGAAGAUGAUGUGGGAACAUGGUGUAGAGGUGUAUGAUGCUUAUUGCAAUGAAGAAUUUAAUUUGAAAGCAUUGCUUUUUGGUACAAUAAAUGAUUUUCCAGCGUAUGGAAAUUUGGCAAGUUAUGCUACAAAAGGCUAUGAAGCAUGGCCUGUAUGCCAGAAUAACACAUUCUCCUUCUACUUAAAUCAUUCACUCAAAGUUGUCUACCCUGGAAAUCGCAAAUUUUUGCCAGUUAACCAUCAAUAUAGAAGGUGGAGAAAAGCUUUUGAUGGGACUUCUGAAGAAGGGACUCCUCCAUUGCCGCCAACAGGAGAACAAAUACUUGAGAAAAUGGAGAAGUUGAAUGUCAAGUUUGGGAAGUUGAAUGCAAAAUAUGUUCCGAGCGCUGGUUACAAAAAGAAGUCAAGAUUCUUUGACCUUCCUUAUUGGAAGACCUUACAUAUUAGACACUUCCUAGAUGUGAUGCAUAUUGAAAAAAAUGUGUGUGACAGUCUUAUAAGUACUUUACUUAAUGUGAAGGAUAAGAGUAAAGAUGGUGAGGCUGCUAGGCUAGACUUAGUUGACAUGAAAUUCAGACCCGAAUUAGCACCAGCACCAAUUAAGGGCACGAAUCGUACAUAUCUCCCACCUGCCUGCCACACUCUAUCAAGGAAGGAGAAAGUUUCUUUUUGCGAGUUUCUUUCUGGAGUUAAGGUUCCUGAAGGUUAUUCUUCAAACAUUAAAAGGCUUGUGUCAAUGAAAGACUUGAAGCUAAUUAGAUUGAAGUCACAUGAUUGUCAUAUUCUAAUGGAGCAUCUUCUUCCAGUGGCUAUUCGCUCUAUUUUGCCAGAAGCUGUUCGAAAUGCUAUCACAAGACUUUGUAUAUUUUUCAGUGAGAUUUGUAGCAAAGAGAUUGACCCCUUUAAAUUGAGUGACUUGCAAAAGGACCUUGUUGUUUGA